AUGCCAAUGACUGCAUCGUCCUUCUCGGAUACGAUGUUUCCUGGACAGCACGUGCGGAUUAGUGUCGCUGCCAGUCAGGGUGGCAGAAGAUAUAUGGAGGAUCGAGUACAUAUCGAAUGUGUUCGGCUUCCCAGUGGCGCUGUUGAUUACCUUUACUUUGCUGUUUACGAUGGGCACGGUGGUUCAGAAGCCAGUGACUAUGUCCGAAAGCAUCUCUUGAAGAACAUUCAGUCACAGUAUGGCUUCGAUGGUAGUGAUGAACAAAUGCUGGAUGCUAUAAAAAAAGGUUUCGUGGAAACGCACCUUGCGAUGUGGAAAGUUGUCGACGAUUGGCCUCUCACUUCCUCGGGUUACACCAGUACGGCAGGUACCACUGCCAGUUGUACUUUUAUUCGACGUGGAAAGAUAUUCACUGGGCAUGUUGGUGAUUCCGCUGUAAUCCUAGGAGAAAUGGAUAAUGGCGAAAUAAGAGCUAGCAGUUUGACUGUUGACCAUAAGCCCGAUAAUUCUCUCGAAGUGCAACGAAUAAACAGUGCUGGUGGGAUGGUGAUGAAGAAGUCAGGCGUCACACGUGUUGUUUGGACGAGACCUGUUCGAGGUCAUGUUGGGCCUGUACGCAGGUCUACACCAACCGAAAGUAUUGCUUUUCUCGCUGUUGCUCGUGCUUUAGGUGAUUUAUGGUCAUAUAAUCGAGAAACAAAGCAAUUUAUUGUGAGCCCUGAACCAGAUGUUGCUGCGUAUGAUCUAAACGAUAACAAUUUAUGUUUGGUGCUUGGCUCAGACGGACUAACCAAUGUUUUAAAACCGCAACAAAUUGUCGAUAUUGUGAUGCAUUAUGAAAAAUCGUCACGUGAUAAACAUGGCAGGUUGCCGAAUCAUUCUCGCUGGAUACUGCGCCAUGCACUGGAAGGUUGGGGAGCGUCACGUGCUGAUAAUAUAUCAGUUAUAUCAGUAUUUUUCGACAGAAAAGUUAUAGAAGUUAAUGAAACAUCGGUUCUGGCUGAUGAUAUUAAUUUGUGUCUGGAUAGAGCACUUACAGACUUUGGGAAUUCGACGGUCAUAUUAGGACCAAAGUAUUGUAAACAGCUGAAAACAUUGGAUGUCGAUUUGUAUUAUUCAGGCAUCGUAGAUCCCAAUUUUACUACAGAAAUCGCUUAUAGUGGACCUGGAUAUACUCGUGAUAUCAGACGUCCGCUUGCCCUCGUACAGUUCGCAGAUGUGCCAGUUAUGCCACUUUCUUCGUUAGAUCAUGUCUCAGCUAUACGUCGUUUAAGUGAAUUAUUUGGCACGAGUGGCAAAGUUAAAGUAUUACCAGCUGGAUGUGUCACUGGCGUAAUAUUGGAAGGAAUGGAUGAAUUAUACGAGAGCCUAGUAGAUGAAGGUAUUCUAUAUCCCUGUGAUGAAGAUGUAGCGCGGGAGGAGAUAGUUGACAAUACACGUAGUGAUAAUGUUUACAGUAAUGGGGAUGAUAGUAUAGAAGCAGAAGGAAUGUGUGGAACCAAUUCGAAAGCAAACACUGACGCGGUGCAUUUAAAGGAACAUUGCAAUAUGCCGUCAUCUUUUUCAAGCAAGAAAUCUUUAUUUGGUUCUUUAUCAUCAAACCCUUAUUCAAAAACUAUAAAACAAAGAACUGUACUUAGGGCUACCCGAAGGAAACAAGCAAUGUAUUUAAAAUCUGUGAAAGAAGAUGGUAUCACAAAUGUUGGCGGUGAUAACAGUAUUGGUGAGGACUAUUGCAACAAUAAGCAGCUUUCUUCGGCCAGUCACCGCAGUGACUUUCAAAAGUUUGCUGCUUCACAACGUCUCAGUGGUAGCGCUUCGGCCUUGUCACCUUCGUUGAUGUUAGAGGCCCUGCGAAUCACGAACCAGUUAUUCGAGCAUGAUCCUUUUGCACGUGAUCUCAUUCUUGCUGGACGGCGGCCGUUUGCUCGGCGUCGUCUAUCCUCUUCAUCUUUCGAACCAUUACAAAAGAAAUUUAAAGUUUCUGUAGAAAGCUGCACAGAUCAUGCUUAUGACGCCUCCACCAGAAAUGUUGAAAAAUUGGAACAGGAUGUUGCAAACGCUAAUAAAGCUGAAGAAUGUGCAGCACCAACCACUAGUAGAUCUCGCGUGUGGGAUUUCCUUUCCAGUUUGUUGGGAAAUCGUGCAAAUAAAAAAUAAUGUUUGGGAUAUAAUUCCAUCCCGUAAACUUUGACGUGCUGAUUCGUUAAUUUAUUUUAUGUUUUUAAUAUUGAUACCGGAAGAAUGAUGUUUUUAAUAUUGAUGCCAUCAUUCUUCCGGUUUAUCAUCUUCC